UUGGGGGUAGAAAAUGAAACUAUAGUUGCCUUGCAGACUUCCUGGUGUUUUUACCUCGAUAGCUCAUGCUGAGCUACUCUUAUUCGUUUAUCGUACUUGCUGAUGUGCUGUUGGUUACGACUGGAAACCACGCUGAUCGUAUUAGACUCGUACGAUUUAAUUGCUGUUAUCCGAACUAUUUUGAGAGUUGACGUAUCGCGUGGAACGUUCCAUAACAAAGACACAGUUGGAUAGUGGUGAUAGAAUUCUACUUCAAUGCGAAAGCUCUCGAUGCUCAAAGAUAUGGAAGUUGCACACCUAACAACGGAUUCCAACAAAAUCAUGUACGAUCCUUAUGUGAUUCUGAGUAAUCGAUCAUUGGAAUCAAAAUUAUAUCACUGGCUGGAUCAAAUUAGCAUAAAUGGAUCUACUGAACAACCGACGACCAAAAGCCCGUCUGAUAACGGAGGAAAUACGAACUUGAACGAAAGCUAUAAAAUGGCUGCUCAAGUGGCCGUUGGUGCUGCUAUCAUCGUGGCUCUAACCAUUCUUUUGGCGCUUAUCUGGAACUCACUAAAAAGACGCUUCCCCGGUACCAACAAUUCGGCAACAUCGUCACCAACUUCGAGGCGCUAUAGCUCGGACAGCUUGGAUAGAUUGGUGGAAGAUCGAUUGCGCAAUCGUCCGCCACCUUACAGCCCAGAUCACGAUAAGCCUCCGUCAUACGAAGAAUCCUUUCACGAUUCAUCUAGUCGCCCUCGAUCGCCUGCCUCGAGAAGAAGGGAUCGAAGACGCGCCCAACGGGAAAUGCAUCUCGCACAGAGAGCGCCGGUGCACGAAACCAACAGGUACCCAACACAGCCAGUAGCCCAAAGGCAAGAAUCACCUGUAUAUUCGCUUCCGCCUCAGCCGAUUCCGGAGCCGUUAGUCAGCACCGUAGUUCGUACGGUUAGCUACGAUAAUCGAGCCUUCUCCGUCGACGACGAAGCCCAUCACCCAUCAGCAGUCGACAUUCCAAGUAUUUCCAUGGUCGUGUAUGAAAACGAAGUAUCGCAGGGUUGCCAAAACCCUGACAGCGACGAAGGUGUCGUUAUGCUUCAUCUAUAAAUGGCUAAUAUUUCAAAAAUAGGCUUUCCUUUUUAAUUGUUUGCUAAUGUUUGAAUUCGGUCCGUUGUGUUCCAUGAAUUUGUGGCAUCGAUAAUCAAAGUUGAUUAUCCCAUCGCCAAAAAGAUAAUUGCAAGCACAGCAUCUAUUUUCGUUUCAUUGCUGUAAUAAAAGCAUAUUUCUAUUUUCUAAACGCAUAUAUCUAAAAAAAAUUAUACAUUCUGUUGUUUGUUUAUAAUUACGUUAACAAAAAUAUAUACGUGGACGUCUAUGCAAUCCCCGCGUUGGACUUUGCGGAACGAAUCUUACGGAGUAUACAGAAACGAGAAAUUCGCAUGGAAUCGAAAAGUUGCUUGUGCUCUAUAAGUCGAUCUAUAAAUAAAGGAAUUAGAUUUACCAGAA